CUCAUUAUGUUCCUCGUCCUUUGCUGGGAAUUUUUUCUCACCUGCCUUUAAAUUGCACUGACUUCAGUCAGUUGUUCAUUUUGAGAACAGUUUCAGAAUCUUCAUUGUGCUCAGACAGGAUUGAACAAAAAACAGAAUGAAGAUGCAUUUUAUUUACAUCUUCGCCUUGCAUCUCGGUCUUCUUCAUAUCGGGGACGGCAGCACGCUGCGGGUUAUCAAACCACACGUUAUUGCUUUGGAAGUAAACGGGAACCCGAUGGAACAGAAGACGUCAGUUGGACUGAGUUGUGGUGAUCAGUUUGAAGGCACGGAGGUCAGCUGGAAGAAAAACCAACAAAGCAUCCCUGCCAAGGGGAACAGUAUCGAAGUCACCAUCGAGGCCAUGCUGGGAGGAAACUUCACCUGCCACAGCGCAUCAGGAGACCUUCUGAACCACACGCUGGUGCUCGUCAGUCCACUGGAUUUCGAGAAGGCCAUCCUGAUACGAAAUGACAACAAAGAAUUGGUUACCUGCGUAGCGAGGAACUACAGCGGGCCGUUCCACUGCUCAUGGAAAUGGGAUCCUAUAAGGAACGGCGUGGUGGUGUUUUUCCAAGCUUUCCGGAACUCGACUGUCAUUAACUGCUGGCUGGACGCCGAUAACGCAGGGCUGACGUGCGAGGACAUGCAGUGCCCCUUCUCUGAGGAGGUGACCCGCAUUAACCUCACCCUGCUGGUCCGGAACCAGUACCGCUUAGAGGAGCACCAAAGGGCCUUCUUCAUCCAUGACAUAAUCAAGCCAGGAAAGGUCGACAUCACCAAGGCUGAAAACAAUGAGUUCGAAUGGGAAAUUCCCAAAACAUGGAACCAACCGUGUACAUUCUUCCCGCUGCGCUACGAAGUGAAAGUGGUGUCACAUCGCAAAGACUGUGAUGAGGCGUCACAUGAGCAGGGAGAAGGCCGGUCAGAAAGCCAGUAUGUUAGUGAGACCCGUUAUAAAGUGUCCAGCAGAAAGAGUUACACGUUCUGUGUGAGAGCUCAGGACUUGCUGACCAAUAAAGUCUGGAGUGACUGGAGCCAGCACAAGGUCAUCAAACACAAAUCGAAAAAAUAAAAGGACCAGAAGCCGGGCCACUUAUAUGGGACUAUGGUACGACCAGACUGUGUUUCCAGUAUGAGAUCUGUACAUCAGUCUGUGUUUAUAUAGGAAAAUAAUAAGUGAUACGCCGGUGUAAUGUUGUUUUAUUAUUUGUUCUUUAUUUUUAUUUUGCAGCACUUUCAUAUUUAUUAUUUAUUAUUAAAGUAUGAGACAUAAGCAACCUCUCUUUGUUCUUUCUGUUUAUGGUGUUUAUUUACUUCCUUGAAACUGAUUUAAAGUAAUAAAAGCAUCUUCAUUAUUUUA